UCCGACCAAUCAGAGGCCACCAGGAAGUUACAGGUUUUGCUAAGCUUGUUGUGCCUUCGCUAGAGUUCCUGCCCCUGAGCCUCGGUCUCUCCUUGCUCCUGAUGCCCUCCCUUGAGCACACAAUGGCGGCGGGAGAUAUGAGGCUGCCCGGGGAGGGGUUACUAAUUAAGGACAAAUUGUAUUCCGGAGUAAUGCUCACACUAGAGAAUUGUCUUUUACCAGCGGAGCAAUUAAGUCAAACCCCGUCGGCUGAGCACGGGCUGUCGGGGGAGACGGAGGAGCAGUUACGAAUCAGUGGCUGCGAAAGGAUACAGGCCGCAGGGAUACUACUUCGACUUCCACAGGUUGCCAUGGCCACUGGGCAGAUACUAUUCCAGAGGUUUUACUACUGCAAGUCAUUUGUACGGCACUGUGCAGAGACUGUUGCCAUGGCGUGUGUGCACCUGGCCUCGAAGAUUGAAGAAGAGCCAAGGAGGGUCCGUGAUGUGCUGAAUGUGUUCCACUUCCUGAAAGAGAGUAGAGGAGGCAAAGGGUACUACCCCAUGCCCUUGGAUGGCAGUUACAUCAACAUGAAGAGUCAGGUGAUCAAAGCGGAGAGAAGACUACUGAAGGAGCUGGGCUUCUGUGUGCAUGUCAAACACCCACACAAGAUCAUUGUGAUGUACCUGCAAGUUUUAGAAUGUGAAAAGAAUUCAGAACUAGUUCAGAUGGCGUGGAACUACAUGAAUGACAGUUUGAGGACAGACGUGUUUCUGAGGUUCAGAGCAGAGACUGUGGCCUGUGCCUGCAUCUACCUGUCCACCAGAUGCCUACAGAUCCCUCUACCAGAUGAGCCCCCAUGGUUCCUUUUAUUUGGGGCGAGGGAGGAGGACUUACGAGAUAUCUGUGGAAGGAUUCUGCACCUGUACACCCUCCCGAGUGUCCCUCUAUCCACCCUCCUGAAGCAGGUAGAGGAGACGCGUCAGGCCCUGGAUGCCCUCAGCAGCAAGGGGAAGCCCAGCAUGGCGAUGUCUGCUGCUGCCACCCCCAACUUGGAGCCAUUCAGUAGCUUCUCCCCUGCCUCCAAAGCCGCUUCCCCUGCGGAUGGUCGGCCCAAUCACGAGACUUCUCUCAACCAAGUGGCCCUGAAAAAUGCCUGUCGGAAACUAGCCAAUGGAGAUGAGCAAGAGCGACUUAGUCGCAGUGAAGAGAGAAGAGAAACCAAAAGCACUUCUCCCCCGAGACGCAGGCGCAGUCGCAGUGUUGCCUCCCCCCAUCACUCACUCUCUCCAGAGCGUCACAAAAAAGUCUCUCACAGAGAAAGGGAUGGAGAGAAGGACCGGUGGAGGGAUAGAGACAGAGAUAAAGACCGGAGUAGGGAGAAGAGUAGGGAGAGGGAAAGAGAGAAGGACAGAGAGAGAGACCGACAGAGGAAUCACCGAAGAGAGAGAGAAAGAGGGGAGAGAGAAGGACCCAGGAAGGAAGUUCGUUCGUCACACAGAAGAUGACCCUUCAGAUCAGAGGACCACAUUCCAAGAUGUAUUAUGGACCAAAAAUCAAGUUGUAAUUUUUUAAAACUUUAGACAAAAAGCUGUGACUUUCAUAAACAGUUUUUGUAAUAAAAAGUUGUCAUAUUUUAUGUU